AAAUGUUACUGUUAUUUUUAACCUAAUUAUUUGUUAUUAGCAGCCCCCUUCCUCGUUUUUUUACAAAGUUAAAAUGUUUGAAAAUCUAGAUGUCAUCUGUUUUAAUGGUUAACAGACAAUAUAGAUAAUAUUCAAUUCCCUAUAAUUGAAGAUGUGGUGAUGUUUUGGUAAUUAUACGGUAUUUACAGAAGCGUGAAUGAAGACAGCAAUGUACGGAAGAAGUGUCUCGCAGAUUGACGGGUACCGAGAGCAAGCCACUAAGCCAUCAGUUCACCAGCACAACAACAAUCGGCAUUCUGUUCCGUCAAAAGACCGAGAUCGAAGAAAAAAUGAAAUGACGCACUCGAAACAAAAACAUCUUCAAGCAAAUAAAGUCACUGCAAACCACACCAGCAAGACCAACAGCACCAAACAUCAAAAGGGUGCCUUAAGGAGUUGUGGAAGCUGGUCGGAGCAUGUGAGUUCUUCCGGGAAGAUAUAUUACUACAACAGUAAGAAUGAAGUAUCACAAUGGGAGAAACCAAAGGAUUGGAAUGACAGCAAAGUUGUUGAUUUACGAAGUCAUGACAAAUCGAAAUCAUCACAAAGAGCAUCAAGUGGGGGGAAUCCACUUGUAAAUCGUUCAACUUCGAAACCGGGUUCAUCGGAUGUAGAAUACCGGGGUUCCCGUAGCAACCAGGAUCGGGAUUAUCGGAAUAAAUCUGAUCGGGAUUAUCGUGAUGUGGAUUACCGGGACAACCAAGCGAAGGAUGUGAGGAGAGUUACAAGUGUUGAUAAAGAUUAUAGACCCCGUGACCACACCACCACCAGCACUGGUAGCAAUGGUCACCCCCUCACCCAUGGUAAGGAUAGCUACAUACCUUCAACUGGGGAAUUCUAUGAUUACUCAACGUGGGGUGGCCGCACCUCCAACACGCCCCUUGUUAAUGGGGUCAGCUCGACAGAGAACACGCAGUCCUCACAGCAGCCACAAGAUGGGGAUAAAGCAACCACAGUAACCGUCGAAACCUCGGAAUCGAAGCCGGAAGAAGAAUCAGCGACGUCAGCGUUCGUACGAACACUUUCCAAUGUUCUAACUCAAGCUUCAAAUAAAUCAACAGAUGCUGAAGGAAAUCUGAAAAAUGCGUUGCAACUUUUGUUAAACGCUGCUUCGAAAAGCCAAACAGAAACCACAGAACCUGAGAAUGGCAACCAUGAAUCAACCACGGAAACCAACACCACCGACCCACCUCCCAAUAAACGCCCUCGUGUCUCAUCUGACGAUACAAAAAAAGAUACCGGGGAACCCCCUGAAGUGAUACCCACCUUCCCACACCUGGAGGAAUUACAAAAAGUGUUUGAUCCAAACUUAACGACGCACGCUCAAGGAUGGUCCACGGAACCUGCAGAGAAACAGUGCAAUCGGUUAACGGAGGAUUACCACAAGUUUAUCGCUGAUCACAUGACCAACCUUAACGCCCAGAUGACCACAGCGAGGUCAAAAGUUCGGGCUUCGGAAAUUUUAUCAACACUACAAGAACAAAGAAUCUUAUACCUUCGUCAACAAAUCAGUGAUUUAGAGAAAAAUUCCACCACGACGACUCCAUUCACUUGAAGUGUGAUGUCAUAGUAACAUGAUGAUGUCAUAAUGAUAUCAUACAUUUUAAAGAAUCAAGCUUCAUGAUGUCAUAGUCGGUUCUCUGAUAUCACAGUUAAACUGCGCAGGAGGUUCCAGGUGUUCUAGCGCCUCUAGUGAUGAGAUUAGCUAUGCACGAACGGUUCCAAAGAAUUGCGUUUGUUCUUGUGUUAUGACGUAACAAUCAUACAAAUACACAGCGGGUUCAAUUACAACAUAUACAAUGUAGGCUUGCCUUUACAAAAAGGGAACCAUUUUAAUAAAUUAACUUAGUUUGUAGGGCCAUUGUUGGCCUUAUGUGCACUGUUGUUAUUGUUGUCGUUAUUUUGUUUAAAAUCAAUUGAAGUUUAAUUUACUUGCCACCCAUGAGGUGCUUUCCCUAAUUUGGAACUGCAUUCCAAUAAAUGUAUUUAUGAAAAA